GCGGACACCGCUGCCACAAGCAUGGUGAACGUACCGAAAACCCGCCGGACUUUCUAUAAGAAAUGUGGCGAACAUCAGCCCCACAAAGUCACACAGUACAGAAAGGGCAAGGAUUCUCUGUAUGCCCAGGGAAAGCGUCGUUAUGACAGGAAGCAGAGUGGUUACGGAGGUCAGACUAAACCGAUUUUCCGGAAAAAGGCUAAAACUACAAAGAAGAUUGUGUUGAGACUUGAAUGUGUCAAGCCCAACUGCAGAUCUAAGAGAAUGCUGGCCAUUAAGAGAUGCAAGCAUUUUGAACUGGGAGGCGAUAAAAAGAGAAAGGGACAAGUGAUCCAGUUCUAAGCUUCAUCUUUUAUUAUGAAGACAGAAAUCCUGGGCUGUGUUAGACUGAUGGAACAAUCCAUGUUUUAGGAGGGAAAUUAAGUAGUGUCAUGAAU